AUGACUAGUCAUCAUGAUAGAGAUUGGGCUGGAAAGCUCAUCUCGACUCCUUCUCAGCACCAACAUGACCCAUCUGCGUCUGUUGCGCCCGCCCCCGUCGCGCAAACUCAAGCGGCCAAACCAAAACCACAGCCCAAAAAGCUGCGAUUCAUCACCAGUCAGGGCGCUCCUUCAGCCAAAAGGCGUCGUGUUUCGACCGCAUGCUUGGUCUGCAGAAAACGUAAAGUCGCUUGUUCUGGUGAACGCCCCCACUGCAACACGUGUACCAAUAACAAAUUGGAAUGCACCGGAUAUGCCGACGACAACUCUUCUGGACCACCCAAUGCCGACGACAAUGAGACGCCUCGUCCAGCGCCUCCACCUCUGCAUCCUUCCGAAACAGCAGACUCCAUGAGGGCUCCUCCUGCGAGGACAUCCAAGACGCCAACCCACAAGUCACAGAAGCAGAAACCAACCGAUCCGCCCAGAGAUGCUACUCGCACCGACUCGCAACAUCUUGUACCGCGCCCAUCGCGAGACGACAAUGAUCAGAGCUAUUUUCCAAAACCAACGCCCUCUUUGUUCUCUGACGCCCGGAAUCGUAUGCCCUACUUCCGAUGGCUCGGUCCUACUGCCAUCAUGCCAGGCUUCAAGCAGAUGGUCGUCAAAGUCAAUCGCUCGUCGUCGGCAAUCGAUGGAGUCACUUCUCCGUCCGCUGACGCACGUACUCCUCAGGCCUUGCCUUUCUACGACAACUCAUCAAUGCCGCCGAGCGAGUUGAUCACCCAUCUUUGUGACACUUUCUUCGUUCAUCUUGCCUGCAACUAUCCUUUCCUACAGCGCGAUCGUUUUCUAAAAGACCUGGAAGAGAAGCAAGUUGAUGCAAUCCUCGUUGAUGCCGUCUGCGCACUGGCCGCUCGCUUUUCCACCCAUCAUCUGCUUGUCCAACAAUCACGCGACGGUCACGCUGCAAACCCCUCCGAGCAAGGUGCCGCUUUUGCUCAACGAGCGAAACUGGCCUUGAUCGAUACAUUCGCCACGCCCAGCGUUGCUGCUGUACAGGCUGCUCUCUUGCUUGCUUACAAUGAGUUCGGCGAGAGUAGAGACAGUGGUCUUUGGAUGUAUCUCGGAAUAUCUAUCCGCAUGGCUCAGGACUUGGGCUUGCACAAGCUUGAUGGUCUGCGUUAUGAAGGUCGCGAUGGUUCUUCUCCCAGAUACUCAAGGCACGAUAAGCAUAUGGAGAAGGUGAUUGAGCAUUCCCACUUGCAAGAUCAGGAUGAAGACGUAGCAGAAGAGCAGCGAGCAGCUGAACGUGAGCGUGUCGAUACACUAUGGGCAGUCUUCUUCCUGGACCGAGUCGUUUCUUCUGGUACUGGACGACCAAGCACAUUACGAAAUGACGACAUUGAAUUGUCUUUCCCCCCUCUCGAUCUGCUGGAUCCUAAAACAGGCUGGCCUUCACCCUUUCCCGCUCUGAUCCGGAUUGUCUGUUUGUAUGGUCGAGUUGCAGAUUUGCUCAAUAGUAUCAAGGAGCCCUCGGACAUCACCAGCGAAACACCACAGAAGUUAGCAGAUAUGGAAGCACGGGUCACAAACUUUUAUCAAGGUCUCUCCUCCAAACUACACUUCCAGGCAAUGAACUUCCACCACUACGUAAAAGCUGGAGAAGGAACCAACUUUGUCCUGCUACAUUUCUGGUUUCACAUGCUCAUUGUGCUACUUCACCAGCCAACAUUGCUCAAAACUUUUGAGGGCAAAAUGCUUCAGUUGUUUCCAAACAGUCAAGCACUGUCCAUGUCUUCGGCAAAGACCAUUGCUGAUAUCUUGUCAUACUCGCAACUUAUCGAUACGAAAGCAAGUCUAGGUAAUCCGUUCACAACACAACCAAUUUACAUCGCCGCCUGUGCCUUUCUCAAGGAAACAGCUGAACAGACGGCGACCUCGAAGGAACACUCUCGUUCUCAGUCAACAGCCAACUCCCGUGCUGGGAGCCCAGUUCCUGCACCAACACCAGGGAUCGCCGAAAUGGCCAACAUGACACGCCCAUCAAGCAUGCUGCCAAACAGUACAAGACCGCCUAUGGUGGAGAGAGCACUGGCCCGCCAUACCCUACUCGCGACAGCAGCGAACCAACAUUACCAACUUUGCUAUAAGGCACUACAGAGUCUCGAAUCUUAUUGGGCAGGGACAAAGUAUAUUCUCACAGUGCUAGAUCAAAAGUUUAAGGGUGUCGGGGACCCUCUGUUGUAUACAGCCGAGGAAGGAGAAAGUGCUUUUGAGCAGCCAGAGCCGACGCCUGCGUUCACUCAGCCAGGCUGGCGAAAGAAGAGUUCCUCGAACCCAUGGUCACCGAGCGCACUGAUGCAGAACUCGUUUAUGCAAGCAAAAUCUCCACCAGCCGGCGGCGAUCCGAACCAACGUAAGUCAUACGCCUCCAAUGACUUCGAACCGAGACUAACCGCCUUGCAACAGCAAUCGGAUGGACUUUAA